AAAUCUUCCGGGCAAUAUACUCGAAACAUUUUCUCUUACUUUUAUAGAAACGGGAUUUAUAACAAAUAUAACCAAGAUACAUGACUGAUAUAUACAGUAAAGUUUGAAAUAUUUAUAUCUUACGUGAUAAUAUGGUUACUUUUGUAUAUUGUUUAUAGUGAUGUAAGAUCAAACGUGACCUGAACAUAUGAAACACAUUUAUAAAAUGGAUCUCUUGUAUACAAUUGUUCUGCUUGCAACCUUGAUCGGGUCCCAGAUCCGCCAGGUUGAAGCGCAAACACAAUGUGCAGAACAGAGGUUUUGCAGCGAAUGUAUUACUGCGCACAACGAGUGCGCAUGGUGUAACGAUGUGGAGUUUACGGAUACUCGAUGUGCGAUGAACACCAGUAUACUGACUUCGAAGGGUUGUCAAGAGAUAAAGUCACCUACUAACAACGAAACUAAAACGCAGGACAAGCCUGUACAGGAUGGUGGGGAAAACGUCGAACCGGUGCAACUUCAGCCCCAGAAGGUCAAACUUACACGAUUUUGA